AUGCGCUUGCCGGGCAUUCUCGCCGCCGCCGCCUUCGCCAUCUUCGGGCCCGCCGCCGCCGCCGCGCCGCGGCCGCCGCUACAGCCUCGCCUCGCGCCGAGGAGCAUCCCGGCGUCGCAUACCGUCCAUGAGCGUCGCGGGCCGCGGCACACGGAGGGAUGGGUGCGCAGGGAGCUGGCCGACUCGACGGCGGUGCUGCCUGUGAGGAUUGGGCUCCAGCAGUCGAAUCUGGACCGGGGGCAUGACUUGUUGAUGGAUAUAUCGAGUCCGACGUCGCCUAAUUAUGGGAGGCAUCUCACCUCCGACGAGGUGGUGCAGUUCUUUGCGCCGAAGAACGAAAGCGUCGAUGCCGUUAGGGAGUGGCUUGUGUCUGCGGGGGUUCCGGCUGCGAGGAUAUCGCAAUCGGUGAACAGGCAGUGGAUCCAGUUUGAUGCCACUGUCCAAGAGGCUGAGGAUCUGCUAUUCACGACUUUUCAUGUUUAUGAACACGCCGAAUCUGGUGUUAGGAAUAUUGGGUGUCGAGAAUACCACGUUCCCUCUGAUGUCCGGGGUCAUAUCGAUUAUGUGACGCCCGGAAUCAAGCUGCUGAACGCCGUCUCAAGCAGUAAGCCCCUGAAGAGGGCGAAGAGGGGGAAGUUGAGGAGGAAGCGCCAAUUCGAAUACGACAUCGUGCAUACCAACAACAUAGAUGCUGACCCCAGUCUGACUUCGGUUGGACCUUGCAGUUUGGACGUCACUCCCACGUGCGUUAGAAACCAGUACCAGAUACCAAACGGGACGAAAGCCAGCCCAGGAAAUGAGCUGGGGAUCUUUCAGUCGCUUAGCCAGCAUUAUAACCAGCAAGAUCUGGACACCUACUUUGACAAUAUUGCCCCUUGGGUUCCGAACGGCUCCCAUCCCGAGCUGCGUUCCAUCAACGGGGCAGAAGGCCCGACCACCAACCAAGAUGCCGCGGGCGAGGAAGCGGACCUGGACUUUGAGGUCGCGAUGCCCCUGGUCUGGCCGCAGAAAACGGUGCUCUGGCAGACCGACGACGAAUGGUACCAGCUGGACCAGACAAAGUCCACCACCAAAUACCUUGGAUUCUUCAACACCUUCUUCGACGCCAUCGACGGCAGCUACUGCAACAUGUCCGCCUUCGGCGAGCAAGGCAGGUGCACGCGGCCCUCAUGCUUGGACCCAGAGUACCCGAACCCCAACGCCGACUCGGGCUACCAGUUGCCGGCCAUGUGCGGCGCCCACGCGCCCACCAACGUCAUCUCCAUCAGCUACAGCGGCGUCGAGGCGGGCCUCCCCGCGAGCUACAUGCGCCGCCAGUGCCUCGAGGUCAUGAAGCUCGCCCUCCAGGGCGUCACCGUCGUGCAGUCGUCGGGCGACUACGGCGUCGGCGGGCGCAGGUACGAUUCCAGGGCCGGGUGCCUGGGGCCGAAUAGGGAUGUCUACUCCCCGAGGAUGAUGAGCAAUUGUCCGUAUGUGCUGAGCGUGGGGGCUACGGUCCUUGUCGACGACGACGGCGGGGGCGGUAACGCGACGAAACGGGACGCGCGCUCGCCGUACAGGGAGGUGGCGCCGACCAUGUUUGCGUCGGGAGGCGGUUUCUCCAAUGUAUUUGGCACGCCGAGCUGGCAGAAGAGACAUGUCGGGAGGUAUCUGUGCCGCGCCAACGUCACGCAGAGGGGCUACGUUUCCCCGGGUGACGGGCAGCUCCACGACGACGACGACAACGACGACAACGACGACAACGAUGUCGGCAACGUCGUCGGGGCCCAGCCCGAGAAGGUGUUCAACAGGGCCGGGAGGGGAUACCCGGACGUCGCGGCCGUGGGGGACAACUACGUCGUCCACAUGCAGGGGAUGACGACGCGGCUGGCGGGGACGUCGGUCGCGGUGCCGGUGUGGGCGUCGAUACUGACGCUGAUUAAUGAGGAGAGGUUGGCUGUUGGGAAGGGCCCGGUCGGGUUUGUUCAUCCGGUUUUGUACGACCACCCGGAGGUGUUUACCGACAUCACGACGGGGUCAAACCCUGGCUGUGGCAGCGAGGGGUUCCCCGUGAAGAAGGGCUGGGACCCGGUGACUGGGCUCGGAUCGCCGAUUUACCCGAAACUCUUGGAGCUAUUCAUGAGCCUGCCGUAA